AUGCCUUCGGUCGUCGAAACCGCCUCGCCGCAUCUCCGGGUGUCCGCAGCCAAGGCGUCGUCCGCUGCGGCCACGGAAGCCCCCUCCGCCAGAAUCACGCCGCCGGAGACCUCCUCGGUCGAAGACCACUUCUUUUGGACAUACACAGAGGAGCCACACCGCUCCAGGCGACAAGCAAUUAUCAAGGCUCAUCCAGAGGUCACCAAACUCUGUGGUCCAGAGCCCCUGACAAAAUGGGUCGUUCUCCUCGUCGUGUCUAUUCAAUUGACUUGCGCGUAUCUCCUCCGCAAUACCUCCAUCCUUGACUGGCGCUUCCUGGCUACGGCAUACGUGGUUGGAGCUACGGCGAACCAGAACCUAUUCCUCGCUAUCCAUGAGAUCUCCCACAAUUUGGCCUUCCGGUCCCCCCUGGCCAACCGUGUGCUAGCCAUCUUCGCAAACCUCCCUAUCGGACUGCCAUACAGUGCUGCUUUCCGGCCCUACCACCUCACCCACCACAAAUCCCUCGGCGUAACCGGUCUAGACACCGACCUCCCAACCGCCUUAGAAGCCUUCUUCCUAAACUCCCUCCUUGGCAAAACAUUCUUCUGCACCUUCCAAAUCCUCUUUUACGCCGUCCGCCCAAUGUUCAUCUACAGCCCACCCUUCACCUCAAUCCACCUCCUAAACCUAACAGUCCAACUAUCUUUCGACUACGCCCUAACCCGCUUCACGGGCUCGCUCCAACCAUUCUACUACUUCAUCGCAAGCUCCUUCCUCGCCGGAUCCCUACACCCCUGCGCAGGCCACUUCAUCGCCGAGCACUACUUCUUCUCGAACGUGAAAACCGGCGGCACCGAGUCCCUCGCGCAACUUAAGCAAAAGCCUGGUGCUAAGAUCGAUGCGUCGCAUCCUCUGAGCGGUCUCGCUCCGCCGGAGACGUACUCGUAUUACGGCCCGUUGAAUAUCCUCACGUAUAACGUGGGCUUGCACAAUGAGCAUCAUGAUUUCCCUGCUAUCCCCUGGACGAAGUUGCAUAAGUUGCACGAGAUUGCGAAGGAGUUCUAUGAGCCGUUGCCUUGCCAUCGGAGCUGGGUGUGGGUUAUUUGGACAUUUAUCCUGGAUAAGGAUGUUGGCCCGUGGUGUCGGGUGAAGCGUGCUCAGGGUGGACGUGUUGUUGGCGGUGGGGGUUCUGGGAAGACCUCGAAUGGACGUGGUGGUGAGGGUAUCUCGGCUGAGUCGGCGGGUCCGGCUGGUGAGGAGGGUGAUGGGUGGAAGGAGAGUGAGAUUCAGUGUUAA